AGUGUGAAUGUAGAUAAGUUAUGCUCACAAUCGCCCAUAGCUGCGUACAACACCCUGAAUUUAGGGCAAUCCUUUAUCUUCUCCUUCUUGUCUACUUUUUCAUAAAUCUAUACCUUCAACAUAAAGCAACUUUCUUUCUCUCUUUCCCCCUUAUGUGCCAUAGUAAUACUUUUAAUUUUUGAAUUCUCCAAACAGGGCAAAAGGAAAGCAAACAAAAAGCCUAGAUAGAGGCCUUUUAAUAUAUUGUUGGGGGGAUAAUUCUAUUUCGACCUCACGUCUUUUCCAUUUGCCUUGUUUUUCUUCUGUAAUUUUCAAUCUAAUAUGAUGAGAAGGCAACAGGAUCAACAAUCUAAGGUUCUAGAACAACUUUCUUCUUUGAUUUUAAAUAUUAUACGAUCACCACCGGCGCCAAUUGAGUUUUACGAUGAUUCUCCAUCCUCUUCAGGGAGGAGGAUGUCUGUCGCAGGGUCGAUGCAGCAAAUUACUCCGGCCGGAUUUGCAUCUCUGCUUCUGGGGAUUUCUUUUGCUUUGAUGCUUUGUGGAUCCGUCACUUUCUUUAUUGGCUUUUUAAUGAUGCCAUGGGUGCUUGCUUUGGUUAUGCUCUUUUAUGUUGCUGGGAUUGUUUACAGUUUGACUAUGAUUGGGCGAGCUAUUUUCUCUCAUUUUUCUUCUCCCUCCUCACCAAGAAAAGAUUUUCAGCACUGGAAACUUUUCUGAAGCAAUUUAAACACUUGAAUGGUUUACGUCAUCAGAUGGAAGCUUCCUUCCUGGAAAUGUUUAGAGAAUUAUGGAUGCAGGAACGAAUUGAGGAUAUUGGAAAGGUGAUCCGCAGGGAACAACUUGAGGAUGGAUGUAUAUUUUUAGUUAUUACGUAGAGAGAAGGAAGCUCAAAAUUUCUGUGCCUUGAUGUUUUCCUAUCUCAUUGCACUAUUCCUUGAGAGAUGUAGAAACAGUAGUUCAUUGUUUCAUCCGUGAAGUAACAUUAUCCUUGUGAAUAUUUCCUCAAUGUAUGAUGAACACGUUACAUGUCUAUGGGAAAAUAUAGUGCAUGAAUGACAUUGCUCCGAA